GGAAGAAUAAGGGCAGUCGGCAAACUUUCUCAACUGCGGUGCAGUAUGUAACAGUCGGUCUGCCAUUUUUAGUAAGAAACAUUAUCCCCUCAGACUUCUGAUCGUUUCCAGUCCCUACAUUACUCGUUCCCAUGCUAUCGAGAAGCGUUGGUUAUCGGAUUGAAGCAUUCGUAUUAGAAAGCUUGUGUCUCGUAUUACAUAAGCUAAAACAUAAAGUGAAUAUUUUAAUCAAAGGACUGCUGAGCAGAAACUAAAGGUAGGUUCGGACAAAAAGAUAUUGUGGUUAUUUCGGGCACCAUUGGUAUUGUUCUGGCAGAAGUUUGAAAGGAAAAAAUGCAUGGAAUCUGAGAGAAAGAAUCUAGGAGAUCGACAACAGAUGUUUCCAUGCAGAACGACGCCUUGUAAUCGUGUGGCGUAGCUGUAGAAAAUUUUUGUACGAGACGUGUUUGAAUCAGAGAAAGCAGAGAUAAGAGCAUCUAUGGUCAAAACUACCUCGUCGACUUGAUUUCUUCAAGCUAACGCCGAGAAACAUCAUGGGAAAUCUUCUUGGCAAUGAAAGAAAGGUUCCUGAACUCAUUAAACAAAAGAUGCCCCGAUUCCUGAUCAUGAGUUUCCUUCCACUGUUUUUCCUGCUGUUUAUGGUGGCCGUAGUUAGUGGACAAGAUGAGCCAAUUUCGCCCGAAGAGUAUCAAAGCCAGAUUGGUGCAGGAUUUUCCACAAACUGGUUUAAGAGUAGGGCGAGGAAACCUAUGGAAAAGUUCUCUGAGAAAAACAUCAAAGACAUCCGCGAGAAAGGGUUUAGUAACUUACGAAUUCGAUGCGACGCCGAACUGUAUUCAUCCAAAGGGUUUCUUGACUCUCUGACAACCGUUGUCGACAGUUGUCUGAAAUACAAUGUGAUUCCAAUCAUCUCGUGGAUUCACCAUCGGGCAGAGGCCUACGCAACCAAGAAGGCCCAAGACGCCUAUGUAUCUUGGUGGAUAGCGGUGGCACGGCAGUUAAAAGACAAGGACUAUAGACUGAGUUUUAAUCUCUUUACAGAGCUGGGAAUAGACACUUGUUCAGAGGGAGAAACUGAGAAGGUGAAAAUAGAAAAAAGUUGUAAGAACAGUCUCCGCAGAAACACCGACAAGUACAACGAGUGGACUAAAAAUGUGACAAAAGAGAUACGUGCUCUUGGUGGCAAGAACGCUAAGCGGAUAUUAAUUCUGGCGUCCCCCGUAAAAACUGCCAAGGGCUUAGAUAAAAUCGACCCAGAAAUUUAUGAACGUGAUCCAUACAUGAUGGCUGAAUGGCAUCUUUAUGCGUCAGGGCCGAUCAAAACGCCUGGUUCGCAGAAGUACUGGAGCGGAGACGGUACCGGUAAAUUUGGGGGCCGAGAAAAUGUCAAAAAAGCAAUUAACGACGCAGUGGAAUUCACAAACAAAACCGGUAUGCGGACGUAUCUUGGUGCGUGGAUGCCUCACGAUAACAUAAAAGGAAGCUUAAAAGAAGCGGAAGUCAUCAAAUUUGCCCUUUUCUUUGUCAAGGAACUGCGCAAAGCAAAUAUACCAUGGUCCAUGAACGUUCUAGAUAACUACUACGACACCAGGGAGUGCAAAUGGCGGAGAGGGCAUCAGGUCGUCGCUGGUCAAAAAUUAAACAUGGCCAAGAUUUUGAACAAUAUUCGAAAAGUGAUGCCAUAAGGCUCCCGCUUAGUUAAGUUCCCGUAUGAAACUAGAGCUAACAAGGAUAGUUUGAAUUAGUUCAAUUUACUGUAGAAGGCUAACUUAGGGCGAGAUCUUUCUAACCAAUUAUUGAAUACUACUGCUUUCACACUAUACGAGUCAGGAAAUAAAAGCCAAAAGCUUAAUUAGUACUAUUUUGAUCGCACACUGCGUAUAUUGUAGUCUUCAAACGAGAUGAGAGAUUUGGACAAAAAGUAAUGCAAACUGAGAGUUGAAUAAACUUCUCAAAGAGAACACUUACAGAAAAGGUGACGGAGAAUCUUGAUAACCUUCUCAAGGUAGUCUCAAAACUUGCGUUCGACUCCUUUUUGGGUGUUUAGCGUGGGGAAUAAACAUUACUUAAUCUAUCCUUCUUUAAACUUCUGUAAGUUAAUUGUUUUUAGACUGUUUUAAGACUUUCCUAAGUCGAUAUGACGGUGUAAACCUGAGGCACUUGACUUCCGGAAAAUCGAAAUAAAACAUUUUAAUAAGA